AAAUAUAAAUUUUUUUAAUGGGCUGAAUUAGACACAGAGGAGCUGUAUAGGUUCUUUGGUCUAUUGAUCUAUAUGUCCUUGGUGCAACUACCAAGUGUCCAGGACUACUGGAGACAAAAUCAUUUUUUGUCUGUUCCAACUCCAGCUAAGGUCAUGACAAGGGACAGGUUCAGGACCAUUAUGUGGAACUUGCACCCAAGUAAUCCUGAGGAGGAUGUCAAAAAUGACAAAAAGAAGGGAACACCAGGCUACGACAAAUUAUCAAGACUGCGGCCUGUUUAUGAUGACAUCCUCAAUGCCUGUCAGGCUUACUACCAACCAAAGAGGGAGCUGGCAGUUGACGAAAGGAUGGUGCCAACAAAGGCAAAAACUGGCAUGACCCAGUAUAUGAAAGACAAGCCAACUAAAUGGGGAAUAAAGCUUUUUGUGUUGGCCGAGUCAAGCAGUGGCUACACUGUGAGUUUUAGCUUAUACACUGGCAAGACUCACACUGCAAGUGAGCAUGGGCUGUCUUAUGAUAUGGUAAUGAAACUUAUUCAGCCAUCUUAUCUUGGCACCGGCUACCAUAUUUACAUGGACAAUUUUUAUACCAGUCCUACACUGUUCAAGGACCUGGCCAGCAAAAAGUUUGGAGCUUGUGGCACUUAUAGGGAAUCCAGGAAGGGAUGCCCUAAAGGGAGGCCAAAUGCUCUCACUAAAAAAAGUGGAAGAGGAUCAGUGAGAUGGAUCAGAGAGGGCCCAGUGGUCUUUGUGAAGUGGAUGGACACACGGGAGGUGUCUGUCUGCUCAACUAUCCAUCCUGCGUUUUCAGGUGAGACGGUGCAAAGGAGGGUGAAGAAUGAAGUGAAACGCUGGAUUGUGAAAGACAUUCCAUGUCCUACACCAGUCAUGGCGUACAAUAAAUACAUGGGUGGGGUUGACCUGUCUGAUCAACUCAUCCAGUAUUACUCUGCACAACGGAAAACUUAUCGUUGGUACAAGACUGUGCUUAUGCAUUUGGUUGACAUUGCCACAGCAAAUGCCUACAUCCUACACCAAGAGUUGUGCAAAGCCAAAGGAGUGAAGCCCAUGACACACAAAGACUUCAAUGUGGAGAUGGCCAGUCAGCUUUAUAGUGUGGACAUGGCAGGUGUUCCAAGGAGAAAGGCAGCUGAACACAUUCCUGUGCCCAUUAGUGCUCAGCAAAAUGCCAGAAACGGCAGACUGCAGUGCAGACACUGCCUCCGGGUGAACAAAGUCAGGAAGGACACGCAAUGGAAAUGUGAGGGCUGUGAUGUGCCAUUGUGCCUUCUGAUUGACAGAAACUGCUUUGCACAGUGGCACAAGUAAUUUGUGAUGGAGAUAUUGACAUAUUUUGUAAAUAGUUGUAAAAAAACGCCUGGGAAAUUACCCACAAUAUGGUGAAAAUAUGACUAGUAAUUUGUUUUUUACUAAGUUUGUACAAAAGUUCUUAAAAUUUACCCAAAAACUUUUCAUGUUAGGCUGUAAAAAUGGUUUGUUCAACAUUUUUGUGAAUAUUAUAGUAAAAAUAUCAAUAUUUUUUCUACUCGGAUUUUGUUUCUGUGUGUGUUUUUUGCUCCAAUGUGAUAAUAAAUUUUGUCAAAAUGAAACAAACACUGUAAAAUCACAAAGUUUAGGAUGUUCUGAAAAUAAUGAUACCAAACAAGGUAAGGUAAAUAGUUUUUAUGGUGAAAAUAUAAGGGUAAAUUCAAAAUUAGACCAAAACGGCCAUUUAGACCCAA